CAGGGCACGCGUCACGGAUUGGAGGCUCGGGAGAGAAACGCAGGAUCCAGGGCGCCGUGACUCUCGAGUGCUUGUCUCUUCGCUCUCUCCAGACUCGGGCCUCUGGGAGACAUAUUUGUUUUGAACUCGCUGUGUUUGUUUAUCGGGGGUGUUUUUGAGGUGUUCGCACUCGCGGGGGGUGUGGUGGAAGAGUGCGUGGUUGUCGUGGGUGUGGUCUGAACCCCGAGGGGCGUGUGGAAUCGCCCUGGACAAGUGGCCGUGCCGUUCUGUGCUCCGCUGCUCCGUGCACCGCCUCCAUUGCUCAGGCCUCCCAGUGCCUGGCCCCGCUAACCCUCCAAGCUGGAUAAGAAAUCGCCCUGGCCUGCAUCUCGCCCCCAACCCAGUCGUAGCAGACCCCACGAUGCUAGCCAAAGUUUUGGCAAGCGCACCGGUGGCAGUGCCAGGAGACCCAAUGAAUGCUUUGUGCUGGAACCCUCUGAGAUGAUUGUGAUUGACUACCCGGAGGCUCAGAGCUACCGGGGAAGGCCGCGCAUUCAGGGAGGAAUGCCCAGUAUGGACCGAGGAGUCAAUCUGGUGCUGGACGACGCGUUUGGGAACGCGCGGCCAGAACUUUAUCAAAAGUCAAAUCGGAGCUCUCACUCCUCUGAUACCUCAUCUGCAUACUCAGGUUCAGACACCAUGACUAGUGUGCAUUCCUCAGUUGACGCCGAUGAGGUUGAUCUCUCUGGCCUCGUCGAGUCCAUUGUUGACUCAGACGAGGAAGAGGAUCUUGCAGAAAGCAUGGAUAGUUUGACAGUACGUGAUACUGUGCGGGAGUGCCUGGAGAAAGAUCCUUCAGAACGGUCUGAGGAUGAUAUAGAAACACUCCUUGAAUUCACACAGCACUUGAAAGCAUUCACAAACAUGACACUCUCAGUACGUAGAGCACUCUGUAGUGUUAUGGUCUUUGCUGUUGUGGAAAAGGCUGGCACCAUAGUAAUGAAUGAUGGUGAAGAGCUGGACUCCUGGAGUGUGUUGAUCAAUGGUCAUGUAGAAGUUGAACAUGCCAACGGAGACACAGAGCAGCUUCAUUUGGGUGACAGCUUUGGUAUCUUACCAACAAUGGAUAAACUCUACCACCGAGGAGUUAUGCGAACACGCUGUGAUGACUGUCAGUUUGUGUGUAUCACGCAAACAGAUUACUACAGGAUUCAGAGCCAAGGUCAGGAAAAUACCAGAAGGCAUGAGGAAAACGGGCAGGUAGUGCUGGUCACUGAGCAACGGGGCCUCAUGGAUGGUGGUGGCCGGCGUGGACAUGUAGUGAUUCGGGGCACACCAGACAGGCUCAUGCUUCAGUUAGUAGAAGAAAACUCAAUUAUUGAUCCCACAUAUGUAGAGGACUUCCUGCUCACACACAGAACAUUUAUUGAUAAUUCAUUCUCAGUUGCCAAUCAGCUUUUGGAAUGGUUCAAAGAAGAAAGUGUAAGGGACAGAGUUACUCGGGUAGUUCUCUUGUGGGUGAACAAUCACUUCACAGACUUUGAGACAGAUCCUUCAAUGAUGGAAUUUCUUGAAAUGUUCGAAGCUGGUCUUGAACGUGAGAAGCUGCUGGGUCAGCUCCGAUUAUUGAACAUUGCAUGUGCAGCAAAAGCAAGAACAAGAAAUGUUGUGUUGGCAAGACCAUCCCGAGACGAGCCUCUCCAUUUUUCCAUUUUGGGUGGCUUUGAAAGGGGAUUUGGCAUUUUCAUCAAUAAGGUAGAAAAAGGCUCCAAAGCUGAAGAUGUUGGUCUGAAGCGGGGAGAUCAGAUUUUGGAAGUCAAUGGUCAGAGUUUUGAGCAUGUUAAUCAUGCAAGAGCUUUGGAAAUACUGAGAGGCACAACCCAUCUCAGUAUAACUGUCAAAUCCAAUCUCCUUGCUUUCAAGGAAAUGCUCUCUAUGCCAGACAACUCUCCAAGAUCACGGUCACGCAACAAAAUGUGUGAAAUUGCUCGACUCCAAGCUGACCCAAGAGCUCGGUUGGCAUCAACAACAAAUGCCAAUCUAGAACUACCUGCAUCACUUGGGAUUUCAAUGCCUGAUUCAAUUUCGAUCCCUCCCCCUUCUUCACCACCCCCCCUUGGUCUCAAUUCUCCCAGUAAAAAGGAUUCUGCAGGGCCCAAAGGCUUUAAUACCCUGGGUCCCAAACGACGGUUACAGAAGGCCCUUAUGAAAAUGAACAUUUUGCCGAAAAAUACUAUCACUGACAUUGUUCAUAGUGAUGACUCAGCCUUCAGUCGGUCGGCAAGUGCAAGCAACUACACCGGUGGUAAUCUGUACCACAGUCACAGCAACCCUGAUCUGGUUAGUUUGUGUUAUGAGGAUCCUAGGGGAGCUGAUUAUCCAGAGCAUGUCCUGAAAGUGUACAGGUCAGAUCAAACGUGCAAGUAUCUUCUUGUACACAAGGAAACAACUGCACAUGAAGUUGUGAUGCUUUCCCUUCAGGAAUUUGGAAUGACCGAUUCCAGUUCCAAUUUUUCCCUUUGUGAAGUGUCUGUCACUGAGGGAGGAAUAAUUAAACAACGCCGCUUGCCAGAUCAACUGCAGAACCUUGCAGAGCGUAUUGGCUUAUCAUCACGGUAUUACCUGAAAACAAAUGGAAUUACUGAGACGCUUGUUGCGGAUGAAAUGGCACCAGAGCUCAUAAGGGAAUCCCAAGUUCACUUCUUACAACUAAAUGCUGUUGAAGUGGCUGUUCAGCUUACUCUUCAAGACUUUUCUAUUUUCCGCCAAAUAGAGAGCACAGAGUAUGUAGACGACUUGUUUGAGCUCAAAAGCCGUUAUGGUACCCCAAUGCUCACCCAGUUUGCAGAGCUUGUAAACCGGGAGAUGUUCUGGGUUGUCACUGAAGUAUGUUCGGAACCUAACAUAGUCAGGCGGUUCAAGAUCAUAAAGCAGUUUAUCAAAGUUGCCCGUCAAUGCAAGGAGUGCAAAAAUUUCAAUUCCAUGUUUGCAAUUGUUUCUGGUCUCGGUCAUGGUGCUGUAUCUAGAUUGCGAAUGUCUUGGGAAAAAUUGCCAUCGAAGUAUCAGAGGUUGUUCAGUGACCUACAGGACCUGAUGGACCCGUCUCGUAACAUGAGCAAAUACAGGCAGCUUGUCUCCAGUGAACAAGCACAACCUCCCAUUAUUCCAUUUUACCCGGUUGUGAAGAAAGAUCUCACUUUCAUUAAUUUGGGCAAUGACUCAAAGGUGGAAGGGCUUGUGAACUUUGAGAAACUGAGAAUGAUAGCCAAGGAAGUUCGAACUUUGACAAAUAUGUGCUCCUCACCUUAUGACCUUCUGACAAUGUUGGAAUUAGGUGGACAACCACCCUCCUCUGCGAUGGUCGCCCUAAACCAACUCACGACAGGUAGUGGUGCCAGCGGAGGUCAACCUGGAGCUUCGACUGUGAAGAGAAGAAAGAAAUCAGCCGCUGCGCCCAACCCCAAAAAGAUGUUUGAGGAGGCUCAAAUGGUGCGUCGGGUGAAAGCAUACUUGAGUCACAUGCGAGUAGUGAGAGAUGAAGAGAAGCUGCACGCUCUGUCUUUACAAUGUGAGCCUGCUGGCGCUGCCCCUGGUUCCAAUCCACCACACCGACACAAGCGCCACCCUUCACCAACAUUAUCGACCACAAGCUCUGCUAGCUCCGUCAGCUCUGCCUCUGCGGGAGAAGGGAGACGAAGUGCUGCCCCCAAAUUUGGCACCGCCUCUCCUCAAGCAGUCCGGAAAAUGCUUGCUCUGAGUGAACCUGGCAAGACGAGGCCACAUCAGCCGCGGCAUCCUGGAGCCGUCGCCAUCCCCAGUGGCUUUUCCCCAGGAGCACUUAGGCGAGGCACAGAACUCGCUGGCUCUUUGGCUGGCAGUUUUGCUGGUAUGGUGGCCAGAGCGAGCCAUGAGCGGUCGCAUUCUGACACACCAGCUGUGCGACUUUCUGCCGAAAGCAGUUCAGUGACAUCUCUUUCCAACUUACCGCUUCGCAAAACUUUGACUUCGGGUUCAGUUACCUCCAGUGACUCAGGGCAUUCUACUCAGUUGGACUCCAGAUCAAACAGUUCUAUGGAAGUAGCCAGCAGUUCUGGUGGAGUUACUUUUAACUCUGUCCCAGGGGGAUCACCACCUUCCUCUCAAAUAAGGCGUCACUCAGCACUCCAAGGCAAGCUUUGGUCUGUCGCUCCAUUUCCGCAUGCUGUGGCUGUCUUGCCUCCAGUGCCACCUCGCAGUGGAAGCAUGGCCCCGCCACCUCCUCGUCGUGCGCCACCGGCCUACACUGUCGCUGCGCACAUGGCUAGGAUCCACCGCUUGGGGAGGGCGCAUUCCCAUGAAGGGGUCUCUGGGGGUUAUUACCUGACCGAGCCAGAGGAGGAUGGUGAGUUCAUGCCACAUCGCUUCCACUCGAGCUUCAGAUGAUGAGGAUGCCCAGGUUUCAGCUGUGUGAAAGCAAUGGGUGUCAACAACAUUGGAUAUGGUGCAGGAGUAUACCAAAGAUAGCAAAUAGUGAAAUUUAAUAUAUUAUCUGAGUGAGUUGACACUUACUUGUAUUAAGUUGUAAUGAAGAUGUAAGUAACUGUAGACAAUUUCCCUGUUUGGUGUGCUGCUAGCUCACUUGAUAGAAUCCCUCCUUGUGAAAGAUAUUAGGUGUUUAUUAGGACCAAAUUUUAAUCUGAGAGUGAAAGCAAUAACCUUUAGACGUGUUGAUUUUAUGUAAUAGUGUUUAUCUUAUGGUGCUAACAGCUGACUGUAUGUUUGCUAAUAUAUGUCUUGUCAACGACUGUAAUCUCUUUUACUUCUCUCUGGGAAGACUGGUUUAUUUAUCUCAAGAGACUAAAGGUGCAUUUUCUUUUAUCAUAAUUUUUCAACUAACAUCUUUCAUUAGUUUGGUAGACAGCACACCUUCGAACAUUGAAAGACGACUCUCACUCUGUUAAGUUCCAAUUGUUUGUUUGCAGUUUUACUUUAUUUGCCUGUGAAAUUUGGUUAAGAUAGUUACCAUACUAUUAUAAAUGUAUGUACAGUAUCAAUUGUUUUCCCCUAAGCCUAAAGCUAUGCUUGUUUUUAUUAUUAAUGUUUACUGGAAUCGACUCUAAAAAUAAGUUUUAUGUGGUUAUUGUAACCCCCUACACAGAGAUUAUUAUAUGAAUUAUUACAAUUGUAUAACAUAUCACUCACCAAUUGCACUGUGAAAAUUUUGUGAUUGCAGUGUGGUGAAUGAUUCUCAUUAUUUUUAUUAUCCUGCAAAGAUAUAUUUUGUAUUGUAACAUUUAUGAAAGAAUGCGAUAGUCUCUCUCAAUGAAAGGUGCUAUUUUGAACCUUUCUGAAUGUAGUGUUAAGUCCACCCAAUCAUGCUGCUAUAGGAUGUAUGUUGAAUUUUAUUUUGUAUUAAUGUUGAGGAAUGAAAAUGAAACAGAUUUUGAAAUAUAAUGAUCUGUGUGUGAGUGAAAUUUCUUUGACGAUGUGCAGUGAGAACCUAUUUUCUUUUCUACCUUUCAGCCAGAACAUCUAUUGGGCUGGCCACUAAUUGUCUAUGGUUCUAUUGUAGUCUAAGAAAGAGGUUCUCACUGUGUCUAGUCAAAAUGAUCGCAAAGGAAUUGGCACUACCAAAGCUUGCUUGGUGAAAUUCUGCGCCAGUAUCUUGUUGGUGUUAUUAAUAAUUGGUCAUUUCCAGGGGGCAUGCUCACAGCAUUUUUAACGCUAACUGCAUAUUAAUUUAUUAUUUGGAUGCAUACCCCUUUUUCGUACUCACUUUGGUUUAUAUUGAGAGGUAUGUGUAAUACCUGCAUAAUAUAUUCAGCUCUACAUUAUUUAUAGCUAUUCCAGAAAAUAUUCACACUACCCUAUGUUUUGAUGCAUUUAUGUGUCUCAAUGUAAGAGGUACUGCCUUGGAAAUGACCCACAAGCAUUUCAUUUUAAAUUGUGAUUUAUUAUUUUAAUGUUUGGGUGAAGGCUGGCUUUUUAGAACAAGAGUUUUAACAGAAUGUCCCACGUGAACCACUUUCCCCUCCCCCUUUCAGUGGACUGUUGUUGUCUAGAUUUAAGUCUUUGUGAUCCCAGUUUCCCCGUCGAUUCCAUUGCUACAAUGUGUUUUACUGCACUGCCUGCUUUUAAGCAUUUCACUAAACCCGUAACUUUAGGAAGAACAUCACUGAAUCACCGUGUAUAAAAAAAUACAUAAAUGUAAGAAACCUGAUUGAAAUGAGGAAUUGUAAUAGAAAGAAGUGCACUUCCUAUUUAAGUUUACCUGACUGAAUUUAAUUGUUUUGCCAUUGUUGACAAAGAACAAGUAUCCUCCAAAUCCAAAUUAGUUUGUAUCUCAAUGUAGUUACUGUUUUGCUAUAGCAGAAUUAUUUCAGAUGAGUUCAAGUGAUGUGUUUUAAAUUUUAAAUGGUAGUACCCUUUCUUGGUAUCCUACUGUUUGACUCAUUUUCAUUCAUACCUUAUUUUGUUGACUGUGCAUUUAGCACAAAUGUUUGCUCCCUGGAACUGCGUCCCACCUAUAAUGAAGGAUGUACCCAUCUGAGGAAUUGUAGGUGUGAUGAACUCCAUUAAUUUUUUCUGUGAAACAUGAGUGUUGUUGAUCAGAGCUGUGAUUUUAUACACAUGAACAAAGUUUGGUCUGUUUGUGAGCUUACCUUGCAGCAAUAGUCAAAUUGUGUGCGAACACCAAGGUUAAGACAAGUAUUGAGAAGCUGAUCACUUAUAAGACUAGGUUUCGCAUUCCUUAUUUCUAUCCCUUUCCUAGUCUAAGUGACUGUGCUUGACACAACUCUUUGUCGCGAUAUUUUUGUAAUUUUAGUAUGUAUAUAUUCCCUCUAUGUUGAUGGAUGAUAAAUAUUUAAAUGUCACGUGUAUAUUAGAAAUGGAUCAUGUUUUAUAUUGGCUACAAUUUAGAUGAUUAUUACUGAACCCUGCAUCCUGCCCAUCAGUGUUUUCAAACCUUCACAUAUCAACUCAAAUCCUGUUGUUGCAAUGUAAACUGAAAAUGACAUCACGGAAUGGAGCUACUAAUACAUGUACUUCUGUUUUAAAAUUGUUAAUUCCUUAGCAUUUUAUUCCCAGCACUGAUGGUAGAAUAAAGGUGUAAAAUUAA